CCAGGAACUCGAGCACUUUUUUCGCCUGUUCAUGAAGACAUUCUCUAAGAGUGACUUGGUGGAGAGAAACAUAUGUGAAUCAUUCAACAAUUGGAUAUUGCGAUUCAGGUCUCUCAGGCCGAUUGCAAUGUUGGAGGGGGAUUCGAGUGUCUGUUAUAACUCGACUUGGAGGGAAACUGGAGAAGGCAAAGCAUGAAGCGAGAAUGUGUACUAGCCGCCCUUCCUCUGAGACAAUGCAUGAGGUAUCUAUCGAUGGCAAGGGCUUCGUGGUCGACUUGAACAACCGGAAAUGUACGUGCAGUUGGUGGGCACUAAAUGAUAUACCCUGCUGCCAUGCAUCCAUCACAAGCAUGCGACGACAAUCGGAUCUUUAUGUUGAUGGUUUCUUCAAGAUGGAGUUCGUCAAGCCGGCAUACAAGUUUCCCAUUCCAACAUCAGAAGGCCGACAAGCAUGGAUGCCCGCGUUUGGGAAUAAGGUGUACCCACCUCGGAUUAGGCGCAUGCUUGGUCGUCCGAAGAAAAAACGACGAAGGGAGGCUUGGGAGAUCCGAAGCAGGCAAGCUAAAAAUGGAAUUGGGGAGGUUGCUAGUCGGGAGAACCUCUCGGUUCACUGAGGGAAAUGUGGUGGAAAAGGCCACAAUGCGAGGACAUGUAAGAAUGAGCAUGUUGGCCCGAAGACUGCAGCCCCUAAGAGAAAGAAGCAAGCACACCUGACUCCUAUGCCACAUGUUCCUCAAUCAAAUGAAGAAGCCGAAAGGGAGAAUCAGCAACCACGAUAAAGGAAGAAGGGUUGUUGCUCCAAGUGUAGAUCCGAGCACCAUAAUGCUAGACGUUGUCCGCUGCUCCCUGCAUAUUGAUCCGAUCAAGCAGCGGCAUGGUGCACUGCCUUCCGGCGGCGAUUCCAAAUCCAGUCA